CUUCCUUCUUUUGUUUUCACACGGAGCGAAAAAGCAGUCGGACUCGGCGUGGAGAGGACUCGUAAACAAAACUUCAGUCGAGUAGCUCGAUAUUUACCACAACCAAAGACGAAUAUUAUUACUCUAUGGUUUGAUACACCGAAGAUGUUGAAGUUUUUCGGAUUCAAGAAUGAUGGAGCCAGAAAAUCCUCUGAGAAAGAAACUGAUGGAUUUGUCAUCAUUGGUGAAACUGUUGAGGAGCAGAGACAGAAGGUUCAGUCCAUGAACACCGAGCAGCCCGCAACAAAUGUAAUAGUACAGCCAUCUAAGCCAUCCAGUGCCGGGAAGAGAGGAAUUACAGAGACGACUCAGCCUUCCUCCCAACCCACGUCUGCCAAGAUGUCCUCAGAAACACACGCUGUAGACGCCACCCCGGCCCUCCCUGAGCUUCUAGGAGACAUACCUUUCACUUUAGCCCCACACAUCCUGGCCAUGCAGGCGGGCCUGCCCUUUGCCACAGAUAUCACCUUGCCUCACAACAUAAAUGACAAACUAGCCAACUUUCGUUAUGACUUCACCUUGGAGAACUCAGUGCUUUGUGAGCCGUGACUCUUUGCCCCUCAGUUAUAUCACUAACACGCGGUGAACUAUGAGCCUUUCCUUCUCGAGAUUCUCUAACCGUUUGCCUCUUAAAUAAAUGAAGAUCUAGUUUAGCUGACAAAAAUCAGUCACUAACUAAAUGGUGUUGGGCUCAAAUGAACAUAUUGUCCUUUUUAGUUUAAAUAGGUUAGCAUCAAGAUGGUUUACAGUCUCUCAGGAUCUAGCACUUAAUUUGUGUGAGAUGAGUGUUACUGCCUUGCUUUAACGCAGUAGAGGAGUAUUUAUAAGAUGACCCGGGGCUUUCCGUUUUUCAAAUGUAGUAAAAAAAUAAUUACGGGUGUAAAAUCGGUGCAAUUUUGCAUUGUGGGUUCCUGAAAUAGGGUUGUUUGGGAACUGCUAGUAGUCGCAUGGGGCUCUUUGACGUUUCAGACGUCACAGUCUGUGUUGGCCUUACUCAGUUUUUUCUUACUUCUGCAAAAACUUGCUGUAAUUUAUGGAAUCAGCUUUAAAGCUGCAGUCGGUAACUUUUGACGCUCUACGGUUAAUAAACAGAGCUGCUUGCGUCUUGCGGAAGAACAUCGUAGCCGGAACUACUUCUCUCUGUUUAUGUUUAUGAAGAAUCACAAAGGUACUGGGUUACUCCGCCACGGUAGCCCCGAAGCAAUCUAAAAUAGUCCGAAUAUAAACACUUAUUAUAGGUGCACCCUAGUGAUUCAGGACAAGCUAAAAGCACGGUUUGGAAAAUGGAUUCAUGGUGUACUCGCUUAUUAUAUACAUUUUUCUACAUUUUGAACACAAACAAAGUUAUGGACCGCAGCUCUGAUUGGUUGUUUUUUUACCGGGUGCGGUCCGUAACUGCAAAUGGCAAUAGGAGCACUGGGAGGAGCCAGAGGAGCUUGAUUUUUUCACAGAUUAUCUGUCUCAUAUUCUACUGUCAGGACAUAAUGACAGGUUUAACAAAUAUGUAAAAAAUAUAUUUUUACAAAAGUUACCUACUGCAGCUUUAAGACAUUUGCUUGCCAUGAUACACAGAUUACUAUCAAAUCAUUUUCCUAUCUCGCAAUGAACGUUUAAACAUAUCUAAAAUAAAUUACUCUGUAAUAGAAGUAUUUAAUUAAUAUACAAAUUAUAUUUUUAAAUUGCAAUCAUAAGGGCCUUUUGGGCUAGUCCACUGUUUACUGUAAGUCUGUAUUUAGUACCUAUAAACCUUAAAAGCGAAGCAGAAACUCUCCCCGGUCAGUCAAACAGAUAGUUCCUCUUAUACUGUUGCUAUUGGUCGAGUCAGUGUUGCUGUGCCGGGGUGGUGGGGAUGCUCAACAGAACAAUGUCGUAAUAUUGACGUAGUGUUUGCACUUUUCAGGGGAAUCAGUCUAGAUCAGGGCUGUCAGACUCUGUUUUGUUCCAGCGCUGCUCCAACACACAUACUAUGUAGUUUUCGAAUAAGCCUGAAGGACUUUAGGGUUGAAUCUGAAGUCUGCAGGGCUUCAACCCUCCAGGGAUUGAGUCUGACACCCCUGCUCUAUAGUAUAGCUCGCUCAUAGUUGUCUCUGCAUAUUAAGCUAGGAUGAGAAGAAUUUUUUACAUGCAUCAUUUUAAGUUACUUCUGAAAGGAUUGCACUUAAAAUCACCAGACACAGUGCAGUGCCCAUUAUAAAUAGGACAUUAUUAUAUAUUUGUCUUUAAAAGUGUGCUGCUUUUCUUUUGUUGGUGUGAAUAUGCAUACUUCAACUGCUGUUUGGUUUUUAAUGCAUGACGUUUUGAAGUUCUACCCGAACAUAACACACCACAUUUUGGGAUGCAGAUAUGUAUUCUGAACAAUUGCAAAAGCAUGCACAUUUGUUUUAGUAGGAUUUACUGUUCUGUUUGAACAGGGCACAUGGUUGUUGAGCUUUUUUUUUUUUUUUUUUUUUUUUUUUUUAGUUAAUGGUUUUAUCAUAGUGCAUGCUGCUAUUUACACAAUGCACUUAGGAGUUUAGCUGUGUCUCCUUUACACCCUUUGUACUUUACUUGAUAGCAGAUUAGUUUAUUUACUUGAUACCACUCAAAUAUCUUUUACUAGUCUUUGUUUUGAUUCGUCUGUCUUUGCGACAUGGUUAUUUCCUCUAAUCUUCCCCCUGAUGUAUCUUGUUCAUUUUCCUAUACUUUUCAAAACACUGUACUGAAGUAGUCAACGUUUGCAUUGUGCUGUGUUUGCUCAAUAAACAUGUCUGAGAAAUAAUUCAACGCCACUUCUUCAGGUAAAAUUAUGUCAUCACCUCAACUCCAUUGGAUUCUUAAUCGAUUCAUAUCUGGAACAGAAUUCAUUAUUGAUUCUGAUUCCACAUGAUGCUAAAUUUGAGCAAUAUGAUGAUGUUUCAUUAAAAACUUCUUUGCUAA